ACUCGUAAAUAUAUUCGCUACAUCUCAGUACAAUGCCGACAUUGGUUUCUAUAAUAUAAAAUAUUAUAAUUUGGUUGCAUAAUACUUAGAAGAGUUUCUAUAAUAAAAAGUAUAAGUUGGUUAUACAAUAGUCUUAUGAAAACCAGUCAAUUUACUUUCCAUUCGUGCAGUGUUAGUGUAUAGUGAUCGUUUUAAGCAAAACAAUGACACAGGUGCCAAAUCCCCGCGUGUGCAUCAUCGGCGCCGGGGUCGCAGGGUUGACGUCGGCGCGGUACCUGCAGGAGGAGGGCAUCAGCUUCACGGUGCUGGAGGCGACGCGGUACGUGGGCGGCACAUGGCGGUACGACCCGCGGGUCGGCACCGACGAGAACGGCCUGCCUCUGCACACCAGCAUGUAUAAACAUUUGAGAACAAAUCUCCCCAAACCUACAAUGGAACUGAAUGGUUUUCCACUCCCAAAGGAAGCUCCUUCGUUUAUGAAAUGGGAAACAGUGUAUAAAUACAUUCAGGAUUAUGUUAAGCACUUUGACUUAGAAAAGAAUAUUAAGUUUCUUCACAACGUGAUAUUAAUAUCCAGAGAGGAAAACCUAUGGAAGGUGAAACACCAAAACGUGGUGACGGGCGAACAGUUUGAAGACGAGUAUGAUUUCAUUUUCGUUGGCACGGGACACUUUAAUAAGCCAAACUACCCGGAUAUUCCUGGAGAAGAAAUGUUUACUGGUACAAUAAUCCACAGUCACGACUUUAAGGAAAGCCAUACAUACAAAGACCGUCGCGUCCUCAUAGUGGGUGCAGGACCAUCAGGCCUGGACAUAGCCAUCGACGUGGCGAAUGUCUCCAAGGCCUUGAUACACAGUCACCACUCCAAAGCCCCUUUUAAGACUGUCUUUCCCGAGAACUAUAAAAAGAAGCCGGAUAUAAAGGAGUUCAAUGCUACCGGUGUCGUGUUUGAAGAUGGCAGUUACGAAGAUAUUGAUGAUGUUAUUUAUUGUACUGGGUAUCAGUAUUACUACCCGUUCCUAGACAAGAGUUGCGAAGUGGAGUGGAGGCAGGAAUGCGUGAUGCCGCUACAUCACCGCAUGGUGAAUAUCAACCAGCCCACGAUGCUGUUUCUAGGUGCCAUUGUAAAGGCUUGCAUAUUCGUGGCAUUGGAUGCCCAGGCCAGAUAUGCUGCGGCGUUAGCAGCAGGACGCUUCACGCUUCCUACCAAAGAGAAGAUGUUGGAGGAGUGGAACAAACAAGUCGAGGAAAUUCGGUCGAAAGAACGGCCACUAGCUGACCUACACGUUUUAGGUGACAAGGAGGACGACUACUACGCGAGCCUGACGGCGGAGUCCGGCAUAGCGCGUGUCCCGCGGCAUAUGAUCAAGAUACACAAGAUGCUCUUAAGAACCAUGUUCCAGGACCUCUACACGUUUAGAGACUACGUUUACACUAUCGUGGAUGAUGAAAACGUGACAUGUACUUUAGAAACAGAGAAUACAUAUCUGUAA